GUUUAAAUAGAUGUGAACCAUCAAUUCUUUUAUUAAUUAGCAUGGAAAAUAUUCAAAAAUAUAAAAUUGAUUAUUUUGGAUAUUGUUAUGCAGGUAUAGUGUUAACUGGAGGCAUUGCAGGAUAUCUUAAAGCUGGUAGUCCAGUAUCGUUAGCAGCAGGUAUAUUAUUUGGAAGUGUUUUAACUUAUGGGGCUUACCUUGCUUCUAAAAAUCCAUCUAAUUAUCAAUUGAUAUUUGGUACUUCUGUAGCACUUACAGCUUUAAUGGGUCACAGAUUUUAUAAAACAGGAAAAUUUAUGCCAGCUGGAUUAAUUGCUGGAAUGAGCAUAGCAAUGGCUUUGAGAUAUGGACUUAGAUUAAUGAACAACAACAAAUGAAUUUGUUUUAUAUAUUUAAAUCAUGAUACUGCAAUUAUUGUAACUUACAAUUAUAUUGUUAUAUAAAAAUAAAUAUAACAUUCCUUU